AGUUAGGUCGAGCGGAGCCAAAGCCCCCGGUGCUUUGUCGCGGGUUCGCUCGCUAGCUAUCUGGAUCACUCCCUCCUUCUACCCUCCCUUCCUCCCGGCGGCCGCGGCGGCGCUGGGGAAGCGGCAAAGAGGAGUGGCCGGGCGCUGGAAGAAUGCUGCUCCGCCGAGGGGGCUGAACCCGACACAGUUCCCCCACGGUAUAAGCCCCACGAGCCGAGCCCGAGUGACUCAACCGCGAGCCUUGUGGAUCCUGCACCUGAACCGCUGGAGGCGCUGACUGACUCGCCCGCCGGAGCCUCCGGGCUUCGACAUGCUGGAGGAGCCCCGGCCUCGGCCUCCGCCCUUAGGCCUCGCGGGUCUCCUGUUCUUGGCUUUGUUCAGUCGGGUUCUAAGCAAUGAGAUUCUGGGCCUAAAACUUCCCGGUGAGCCGGCGCUCACGGCCAACACCGUGUGCCUGACCCUGUCCGGCCUGAGUAAGCGGCAGCUGGGGCUGUGCCUGCGCAGCCCCGACGUGACGGCGUCGGCGCUCCAGGGGCUGCACAUCGCCGUCCACGAGUGUCAGCACCAGCUGCGCGACCAGCGCUGGAACUGCUCGGCGCUGGAGGGCGGCGGCCGCCUGCCGCACCACAGCGCCAUCCUCAAGCGCGGUUUCCGCGAGAGUGCGUUCUCCUUCUCCAUGCUGGCUGCCGGGGUCAUGCACGCCGUCGCGACAGCCUGCAGCUUGGGCAAGCUGGUGAGCUGCGGCUGCAGCUGGAAGGGUAGUGGUGAGCAGGACCGGCUUCGGGCCAAGCUGCUGCAGCUUCAGGCGCUGUCGCGGGGCAAGACUUUCCCCCACUCCCAGCCCAGCCCCGUUCCUGGCUCAGUCCCCAGCCCUGGCCCCCAGGACACGUGGGAAUGGGGUGGCUGUAACCACGACAUGGACUUUGGAGAGAAGUUCUCUCGGGAUUUCUUGGAUUCCAGAGAAGCUCCCCGGGACAUCCAGGCGAGAAUGCGGAUCCACAACAACAGGGUGGGCCGCCAGGUGGUAACCGAAAACCUGAAGCGGAAAUGCAAAUGUCACGGCACGUCAGGCAGCUGCCAAUUCAAGACGUGCUGGAGGGCAGCCCCAGAGUUCCGGGCCAUCGGGGCAGCGCUGAGGGAGCGGUUGGGCAGAGCCAUCUUCAUCGACACCCAUAACCGCAAUUCUGGAGCUUUCCAGCCCCGCCUCCGUCCGCGCCGCCUCUCGGGAGAGCUGGUUUACUUUGAGAAAUCUCCUGACUUCUGUGAGCGAGACCCCACCUUGGGCUCCCCAGGCACGAGAGGCCGGGCUUGCAACAAGACCAGCCGCCUAUUGGAUGGUUGCGGCAGCCUGUGCUGCGGCCGUGGGCACAACGUGCUCCGGCAGACGCGAGCAGAGCGCUGCCACUGUCGUUUCCACUGGUGUUGUUACGUGCUGUGUGAUGAGUGUAAAGUCACGGAGUGGGUCAAUGUGUGUAAGUGAGGGUGAGCUCGCCUCGACGACGACGGGGAGGAGGAGCAGCGUGAGGGCUGCUCUCCCUCAGCCUUUUGCUCGGAUUUCUGUCUAGGGUUAAUCGUGGCUCCUGGAAGCUCAAAGCAUCCACCUGAGGGCAGCUCCGGGGGUACAGGUCUGGGGAAAUCUGCAAUGAGCAGCGUUUUGUGGGGGGAGGGGGGAGAGUGGCCUCCACAUUCUGUUCUUAAACACCCGAGUAGACUAAGAUGAAAUGCACUGUGUUGUUGGCUUCUUCGCUACCUGUAGGGUCCCUGAGGCCCAGAUUUCCACUCCUUUGGAGAGGGAGUCUAUCUUUUGGCCAUUCCUCUUCCUAGAAGGAUAACACCUGGCUUUGUGGGGAGUUACUAAGUCCGUGUGUGUGUGUGUGUGUGUGUGUGUGUGUGUGUGUGUGUGUGUGUAGCAAGAGACCACUUCUUCCUAUUUGUGGUUCUCAAAGUCCUCCACUGCAGCCCAGAACCUCCUCUUAUGGGACCUAGGGUGACAAUAAUGAGAGGUUUCCGGUUGGAAAAGGACAGAGUACCACAGACCCUCAGACAGCUGUCUGUCAGGCUCUUGGGAGGCCUUGGGAGGCCUUGGGAGGCUUCUUCUUCCGUUCAGUUGUUGAAAGAGUCCCUCCAAGGGAAAGCUUUUAUCCCUAACUCUCGGAGGCUCUUUUCCUUCUUCAGCCGGAAGGGUGGGAGUGGAUAAUUUAUUGUACUGAGACAUGUUCUUGGUUCCUGUUUGAAACUAAAAUAAAUUAAGUUACUGGACUACUGGACUGUCAGAUGAAGAUGGUGAUAUGUCUAGCCACACUCGGGGUAGCAGCCUGCGUUUUUGUUUUUUUGUUUUUUGUUUUUUUCUCUCUAGAUGAAGUCUACACUCCUGUACUCAGUGACUGUUUAUGUAUAUAGCCCAGCCCGCUGACUUCCACAAACUAUUUGAAAGGCUGCUCAGUGACUGAGUUUAGGUUUUUAGUCUGGUAAACCAAGGUGGACUUCUGGGUGUGAAGGACUUCUAGAUCCAAAUGUACACAGACCCAGUUCACCCUGAGCCCUCAGCUCCUGGGUCACCUUCAUUAUUCCUCAGAACCAAAGCUGGAGAUUGUUUACCCUUGUAAAGGGCUGGAGGGUAAACACGCCAGGCUGUCUGUGUCUGUAUCAUGGUCUGUAUGUCAAGGACUCACGUCUACCACAGUUACUCAGUUCUUGACCUAAAAUAGUUAUGGCAGGGGGUGAACCAGAGCAGACGCAGACCAUGUAAGUAGUCAGGAUGCCUUGUUCAACACAACUCACAAAGCUGGUGUGCAGGGCCAGAUGCGGUCCUCUGCCCUGGCUGCCAUUUGUGGACAAGGCCACGUCUGCAAUGGGAGUUUUAGGUCUUAAGUGUAUCUUUUUGCUUUGUUUUGUUUUUGAGACAGGGUUUCUCUGUAUGGCCCUGGCUGUCCUGGAACUCACUCUGUAGACCAGGCUGGCUUUGAACUCAGAAAUCUACCUGCCUCUGCCUCCCAGAGUGCUGGGAUUAAAGGCAUUUGUUACCACUGCCCGGUUGUCUUAAAUGUGUCUUAACAAUUAAGUGGACUUAAAGGAGCAGGUACUGUUGUCUCUAAGUCCAAACCAGAGCAUUGGGGGAGGGGGAUGCACAUCAAGGCUGAUGGGAAAAAAUGAGAAGAUUCCUAUGUUUAAAAUGCAAACUGUGUUGUUUGUUGGGGAAGGGUCUCGCUGUGUACCCCAGGUUAGUCAGGAGGUCAGCAUGUACCCUAGGCUGGCCUCAGAACCAAAGCUGGAGCCGUUGUGUCUCGAGUAUUGGGCUUGCAGGUGGGCCUUCUUACCAGACCUGGCUAAAAUUAGAUGUUUCUAGCAAAACGAGCAUCUCUGCGACUGAGUUAUUUGCAUAUAUAUUUUUUGUCUUUCUCUAUUCAAUGUUCUUUUUGUAUUUAAUCUGAGUAAAAUAAUUUCGUUAUCUUUUA